AAAGCGCUCAAUCAUUAUCUUUCUUAAUUCCAGAAAAAAGCCGAAAUGGAGAAUAUAUCCCUACUAGACUUGCUCUCCGACAAGGAAGACGACAAAAACAAGCCUCGCCUGAGGCUGUCCAGCGAGACCGAGCUCGACACAUCAGAAGAAAAGACUACCGAUACGUCCCACGACUCGUCGCGAGACCGGUCUACUGAUGCUUCGAGGGACAAGACUGACAUCGAAACUCGCGUGAACACCGCGCCGCGGCGGGCCCUGCCUGUUUCCAUUAGUCCGGCGCCGCCUGCUAAGUCUAGAAGGAAACUCUUCACGCAGAAGGAGGCAGAGGAAACCAAGAAUACGGCUUCGGAUGAUGAAUCUGACGCAGACACCACCAAGCCUCCAAAAGCGGCCAAGCCAACUCAGCGCUCGCGCAAGUGCCUGGCGCGCGCCGAGAGACUCGCUCGCAAACUGGUCGCCGCCGCCACGCCGCGCGUUGCCAGCGCAAACGUUCACAAGCCUAGGAUCGUGCUAACAGGCAUGGGCCGCAGCGAGCGUCAGGAGUUAUCAACCGCCAUCCGUUCCAUGGACGGUCGCAUCCAAGCGCACGUCACGAGAAAAACCACGCACGUACUACUCGGCUCGUGCCGCGAUGACGACGAAAAUCACUGCUCCGGUAUCGCUUCCAGUCACUUGAAUCCUAAUCGCGGUGUAACAGUGACAAAGUGCAGUGACAGAACUAACGUGAACUGUGAUUACCGAUUGAAUAACUGUGAUAUAUCGGGAGUGACAAAUAUAAAUGAUUUGAGGCUAUCAGGUGUGACAAAUGAACCGUUGGUGGUACAUCGGAGUGAUAUUCAGAAGGCUAGGACUUUGAAUGCCUUGGCUGGGGCGGCUAGGGGUUGCAGAGUGUUGUAUGCCAAGUGGGCUACAGACUCUAAAGAAGCGGGGAAAUGGAUCCAUCACCAUGGAUAUGAGGUGCCGCAUUUGAGGAAGAUUUCACUGAAAGCGCGCAUAGAACGCUCCGCCCUAGGCCGUAUGCGUUCCGAAUACGCGUACGACAUUUUCAACGGCAUGAAAGUCCUAAUAACCCCUCAAACGGACCAAAAGGUCGCAGCCUUACAACUGCUCAAACUCUGCGGUGCUGUCAUCAUAGAUGGCAGCACCGGGCAACAUGGCGUCUUUGACAUGACGUUGGGGAGUUCAGAAGGGGAGGUCAGUUCGAAAUGGGUGUUUGACAGUGUGGCGGCUGGGAGAAUGAGAACUACGAGGCGAUAUGUGAAUAAUCCGCUGUCUUGUACGGUGAUUACUCAAAGUGAUAGGUAAUCAAGAUUUUGAUCAGUGUUGAUGAUGAUGAACUACACUGAACUGUCCUACCAAACACAUUGGAACCAGCGAUCCGGUAUUGACGGUGUCGCCCCCUAGGACAGGACAGUUCGUUGUAGUUCAUCAAUACUAAUGGAUGUACAGUAUAUGUCAUAUUGGAAGUAAUUAUAAUAGAUUUCAUGAUUGAGUAAAAUAUCAGGUGAUAAAAAAACUAACUGUGAAAUCAGAUUAUUGUUUUUUUGGAAAAAAGGGACGAUUCUCAUUAAUAUACAAUGAGGGUUUUCGCGAAAGAAAAAUCCGCCAGAUGGCAAUACGUAGACGCGAGGUCCAAAUGCUGCAUGAUUGGUUAUUUUUGAUAUGACAUUGACAGAUAUGUCAAAAUCCACCAAUCACGCAGCAGUCAGACCCCACAUCCACGUCCCGCCAUCUAGCGGAUCUUUCAUUCGCGAAAACCCUCAUUGAUAACACAACAAAUCUUAGUACCUAUUACAUAUAUCACCUACUACUAUGAUAAUAUUGAUAAUUUAAAAGCUUUGUCAUAAAUAUUUACUACAGCUAAGAAUUUAAUAUUUCGUACUAAUCCAUUUUUAUUUUUAUAUAACUAAAUUGUUAGUUUUAAAAAUCAUGUUGUUUAUAAAUUGUGCCAUGAAGUGCUAAAAGGUGCAUGUUAUUUUGUAAAUUAUAAGUAACUUAUUUCUUUUACCAGUAUGUAUAA